GCUUGCCGCCAACGGCGAACUUUCCAGCAAGCGACGCUCGACGACGAUGGAGCGUAGCCCGACCCGGGAGCCCUUCCCGACCGAAAGCAGCAGCAACAACAUGGCUGCCUUCAAGACGCCGCUGCCCAAGCGCCACCACAUCACCCGCAGCGGGUCACCGGUCCGCAGCAAGCUCCGCUUCGACGACCUCUCGCCCGUCCCGAUGCUACCAUUGAGCCCGACCGCGAGCCCGGCCUGGGCUACGCCCGGCUCGCCACGUGUACGCGCAUCACCGUCCGUAAAGAGCGAAAGCGCCGUGCGCACGAACCUCUCGUCUCAGUUUGACGACAUCUCGGACGACAGCGAGGGCGAGACGACGGUCGCGGACCAUAGCCGCCUCAACUUGGACACGAGCGCGGCGUCGCUUGCCGACGACGUGCUAUCUGACGAAGCCAGCAGCAGUGCUCAGCCCCGCAAGUCGCUGCGCCGGGCGCUACAUCGGUCGAGUCGAUGUCCACCGACGCCGAUGCGCACGCCGCCAUGGGCCAAGAAGCUCACGCCCGUCCGAGGCGGCCUGCAUCGACAGAGCUCGCUCGCGUCGACCAAGGUGCUCCUCACGCUUGGCGGUGGCACAGUCGACGACGUGCCUGUCCAGACGUCGUACUUUGAGUCGUUCCGGUCGGCCACGUGGAUCGGCGCCGGCGCCUUCUCCGACGUCUACCAUGUCACAACGCUGGCGGGCGAUGCGUUUGCCGUCAAGAAAUCGAAGUUGCCGCUGCGAAGCAAGCGCGACCGCGAGCGGAUGCUGCAAGAAAUCAAGGUGUACGAAAAGCUGGCGACAUCAGCGCCAACGAGCCCGUACCUCGUGCAGUACUACCAAGCGUGGCAAGAGCGCGGCUUUUUCUACAUGCAACUCGAGCUCUGCGCGGCUGGCACACUCCAAGACUGGCUCGACGUGCUUCGAGGAAACGAUACAUGCGCAGUGCCCGAGGCGGUGCUCUGGCACAUUCUGCAUGACGUCGCGUCGGGCCUCGCGGUUGUUCACGCCCAUGGCAUUGUGCACCUCGACAUCAAGCCCGCCAACUUGUUUGUGACGACCCCCGGUAGCAUCAAGAUUGGCGACUUUGGCCUCGCCACGACCGUCGGCGACGAGAGCGACGGCGAAGGCGACCAGCGCUACAUGGCGCCCGAGCUACUGACGACUGCGACGCGCGCUGCGUCCGCCGACAUCUUUUCGCUCGGCAUGACGCUAUUCGAGCUCAGUCACUUGGCUCAUCCGCUGCCCCAGGACGGGCCUGCAUGGCAUGCGCUCCGUGAAGAAAUGUUGCCAACGCUCCCGUACUCGGCGGCGUGGACCCGACUUCUCACAGAGAUGCUGCGCACCGACCCAGAAGUGCGAAUUUCCGCCGCCCAGAUCACCGAACGCCACGAGCUUUCCCAGCUGGCGCGAGCCGACGACUUGGCUUUGUUUGGUGCCCGCGUCCAGAGCACGUUAGCAUCGCCGCCAACGAGCCCCGCUGCGGAGAGCGUGACCUCGCCGCCACCCAGUCCGCCAGCUGCGCGUAGCAUGUCGCCACAUGUAGCCGGUAGUCUUCGCUCCUAAGGCGCAUACACAGCGAUAUUAACGUCCAUGUCUCGGUGGGUGAGCUGGUACGCCAGCGCAUCGCGCGGCCUUGCACGCGGUGGCUUGUUUUCGCAGCGCUUUUCGCAGGAUUUAAUAAACGAGCCAAUCAUUGCGCUCGAUUUUAUCGAAGUGCGGAAGCGGACCAAU